CCAGCGCCCCCUCCUGAUGAAGUACCAGCCUCUCCAUCCAGCUCCGAAACUGGGGUGAGAGCCAGGAGGAGGCUGGCUAACAAUCUCCUUCAGAAACUGAAAGAGAACAGAUCUAUCUUCAUCGCCGACAAAGAGGGCAUCGUGAUUACUUCUGACCACAACAUAGCAGAUGGCAAGAUCAAGCUGGACGUUGAGCACACCUCCGAGGUCCACGUGGUCAAGCUCUUAAUUCAGAACACGGGGAUGACAUCUCUGUACUUUUGCUACUACACCGCCCUGCACUGGAUGCGAUGUUUCAUGCUUUGUGAUGAAAAGAAAGUGACGCGGGUUUGUCCUCUGCUCCUCAGUCCUGGUGACAGCUAUGAAGUCCAGGUUCAGUUCAGGUCUGUCUACGCCGGUUUCUUCCCUGCCACGAUGGCCUUUGAGUUCAAGCCGGAAUCCUCGGCCAGCUGCAAACCCUUUCACAUUGUGCGUUACGUGGAGGUCAUGUGCAGUUCCAGCCUGGCCAUGGCGUUGGCUCCUGUCGCACCCUACAAGCCCACCCCUGCCGCUCCAAAAAGAGUGAUUACGUUUUUGCUGGAGGAGGGGGAGCAGCCAGAGAGUCAUGUUGUGCAGAGGCUGAAAAUGGUGUUGAAAUUAGGUGAAUACCUAUACCCUAAGCACUUGAAGGAACUGCCCAGUUUCUUGCGGGGCCAGAGCUACUUUUCUACACAGACAGCAGAGCUCCAGUCCAUGAAGGAGCUGCUGGAGUCUCCCUUGAGUUUUCAGAACUACGGCAAGCGAUUCCAGCUCCUGCUUCACCUAGAAGAGAUCCAGAUGGAGGUGGACAUCAGGAAGUACAACAUGGAGAACAAACCCAUGGUCGCAGACCCGAGAAACAAGAGACUCCUCAUCCUACAUGUUCCCGGUGUGGCUGAGAACAGACCCUCUGUCCUGAAAGGAGACCACCUUUUGGUGUCCAAGGUUGGAGAUGUGACAGAACCCAUCACGAAGUACAAGGGCUACGUGCACAAAGUGGAGCUGGAGUCUGUCAAACUGGGCUUCUCCAAGAAGCUCAUUAACAGCUUCUUGGACAACAUGAAGUUCAAUGUGGAGUUCACCAUCAACCGCUUCCCGCUGAAGCUUCAGCACCGAGCAGUGGACCUGGCAGUCCAGCACCAGCUGGAAGAGGUUCUGUUCCCAACGCACUCCAGAACAAGAGAAUGGGCCCUUCCCUCUCUCAGGCUGUUCGACCGUAACCUGGAGCAGAACCCAGAGCAGUACGGGGCAGUCCAGCGCAUCGUGGCCGGAGUGUCCAAGCCCGCUCCCUAUCUGGUGUUCGGUCCCCCUGGAACUGGCAAAACCGUCACUGUGGUCGAAGCUAUCAGACAGGUGCACAAAGCCGAUCCCUCCGCCCACAUCUUGGCCUGCGCUCCCUCCAACAGCGCGGCGGACCUGCUCUGCGAGCGCAUGCAGGGGGCAGGUGUGGACGCCCGCAACGUGUUCCGCCUGUAUGCCAGCAGCAGGGACAUAGAAUCCGUGCCUGCUGUUCUACUGGGCUGCUGCAACUGGGACGAAGACCAGUGUGCCUUCGUGUUCCCCUCCAAGGAGACCCUUAUGGAGUACAAGGUCCUGGUCACCACAGUGGUUACAGCCGGACGGCUGGUCUCCGGAGGCCUCCCCAGGGGUCACUUCAGCCACAUCUUUGUGGAUGAGGCAGGCCACGCCGUGGAGCCUGAGUGUAUAAUUGGCAUGGCAGGUUUGCUGUGUGCAGAGACGGGCCAGCUGGUGCUGGCGGGAGACCCCCAGCAGCUGGGCCCCAUUUUGCGAUCCCCCCUGGCUAUACAGUACGGACUGGGCCUGUCCUUAUUGGAGAGGUUGAUGAAGCACAAUCCUCUGUACCAGAAGGACGGGGAGACAGGGAGGUUCGACAGCCGCUUUGUCACCAAGCUGUUGAGGAACUACAGGUCCCACCCUGCCAUUCUCAAGAUCCCGAACGAGCUCUUCUAUGAUGGAGAGCUGCAGGUGUAUGCUGACGAGAUCCUCCGAAACAUGUACUGCAACUGGGAGCACCUGCCCAAGAAGGGUUUUCCUCUCAUCUUCCAUGGUGUGUCAGGGAAGGAUGAGAGAGAGGAAAACAGCCCAUCCUUCUUCAACCGCAACGAGAUUGAUGUUCUCGUUGACUAUCUCAAGAAGCUGCUUCAAACUCAGGGCAAGAAGGGCAUAUCCAAAAUAUCACCUAGGGAAAUAGGCAUCAUCGCCCCUUACAGAAAGCAGGUUGAGAAAAUUCGGAAGGCCAUCACAAACUGUGAUAAGGAGCUUAGCGAGCUGAAGGAUAUAAAGGAGCUCAAGGUGGGCUCGGUGGAGGAGUUCCAGGGGCAGGAGCGAAAGGUCAUCCUGGUGUCAGCGGUGCGCAGCAGUGUUAACUACGUCAAGAUGGACAAAGACUUCAGCAUCGGCUUCCUCAAGAACGAGAAGAGGUUCAAUGUGGCAAUGACCAGAGCCAAGGCCCUGCUGAUUGUGGUGGGUAACCCCCUAAUACUCAAUAAGGACCCCACCUGGGGAAGGUUCAUCGAGUACUGCACAGAGGGCUACACAGGGUUUGACUACACCAACGAAGAAGGAGAAGAGGAGGUGAUUGGCCGCCUGGCCGACCUUAGCAUCAACGAAGAGCUGAAAGUGGAGACAGAGGAGAGCACCGUCCAACAGCACCUUGAUCCAGAGUGGAGGAGUGAGCAGUGACCAACCUAAAGACUGGGACUACGUUCCACAGAAGGCACCUGGGACUUCUCCAAAAAACCCCAGGAAAAAUGUCUGGAUGGACACACCAAACCUUUAUAUCUACCUUCUCAGGGCUAUUUACAUGACAUAUGCUCAGCAUUUCCAACUAAACACAUUCCCUGGAGUUUUUUCAAAAACUUG